GCCGCUUUUUUGGCCGCUUUACGGCCUGCAGAGACGAGGCUGAGGAAUCAACAGCGCAGGUUCAGCGCAGAUUUGCAUCGCUGCGCCGCGCUGGCUCGCAAGUAGAUCGCUUAGGCCCCCAGCAUUAGCGCAGAGAUGUCGACCCAACUGGAUGCAUUGCCUGUAGAAAUGCUCGCGCACGUCGCGCUCUUUUUGGACCGCCACACGGAACGCACCAGCGUUCGCACAAGGGACGAAAGCCUCCUGGUCCUGCGCAGCGUGUCCCGCGCGUGCCUCGAUGCCGUUCGUCGGGCCAUAAAAAGCCAUCCGAGGAAUCAGGUUACUUUCUACAGGGACGUAACAACGCAAAAAGUCACGACCGUCGGGGCUGUGCUCGGCAGCGGGUGCGAGAGACUCGCCUACAGAGGAGAUCACAAGGGGACGUCCCCCGAGGGGCUCAGCGCGCUCCGGCAAUUCGUCGUAGAUACUCAAGGGCGCUUGCGGGAACUCUCACUCUGCGCCUCAUCGAUAAGUGCACAACUCCUCUUGGAGAUCUGCAGCGCGUGCCCGCAGCUGAAGGAGCUGAGCGCAGGUUAUGGGCUGCCGAACAUUUUGCGGGCGGACGUGGAUGACUUGGCUGCGGCGCUCAGCCGCUCGUGCCCGCUGCUCGAAAGCGUCGAGAUUGAGACGGACGCACCCUGGAGCCCGGCGGAAACCUACGCGAUGCACUUUCCGAACCUCAAGUACCUUAGUUUGGAGGCUGCAGACGAAAGCCUAGUAGAUUACCAGCCGGCUCGUUUUGACAAAAUCGAAGCGACGGCGCGGCAGUGCGUGGGCGCGGAGACACUCAGUCUCGACCGGUGCUCAGUGUAUCCGGCCCUCGCUGAACUGCUCGUUCGGACGCCGUUACAAAGCCGCAUAAAAAUCUUGCACUUGCACGAUACACAUAUGACGCAGCCGACGCUUCUGCGACUCGCGGCCGGCUUGGAAGCGCUGAGGGAAAUCGUGUUUCCAAAUCAAUUUACUGGGUCGCCCGAGUUCUUUGCCUCCCUGGCACGGGCUCGGCCUGCUCUCAAGGAACUUCAUUUUGGGUACUCAGAUGAUGAAACGACUCUUGACGACGCGUGCGUGGCAGCGAUCUGCGAGAACUUUGCGCUCGAGGCUCUAAUCAUCGACCAAAAUAACACGGUGACCCCUGCGGUAGUCGACAUCAUCUUGCGGAGUCCGACCGCCCAGACUUUACGCUCCGCAUCCUUCUACGCUACCCCCGCUGUCAAUUCUGCGGGGAUUCUACGCCUCGCGCGUGGCUGUCCCCGGUUGGCGCGGCUUACUUGGCGGCUUUUCAAAUUAAGCCCGCUCGCCGUCGCAUUGCCCGAGGGCACCCAACACGGUAACAACGUGGAUGAUCUCACCGCACUCCUCAAAGAACGCUGCCGCGGCCAUGCUGAUUGGACUUUCUGGGUCGAUCCGUUCAUACAAUAUUGCCCGUAUCCCCUCGCCGAGAAGUGGCGCUACCGGCAAGUAUCUUUAUGGGGAUUUACUUCAGCAGCAGCAUAAACAUGACAAGGAUGAUUC